AUGACAUGCCCAUUUUAUCCUCCUAAAUCAUUCAUGCUUGCCAUUGUCGGUUGCUCCACCAUCAAGGAUCUGAGAGUUUUAGAUACACCAAUCAAAGCUGGUCUCUCCCCUAGCACAUUGCCAUCUGCGUUCAACCUCGAUCGACUAUCUUUCGUUCCCGUCGGCGAGACGAACAGGGUGGGCGAAGGUCCUUUCGACAAAAAAUACCACGAUAUUGUCUAUUAUACUCGUUCUUACAGAAAACGACACUCAACUGAUACCAGCAACGGGGGAUUUUUCCCGCGCAUCAUGCCUGGAUGGGCACUUGUAAAUAUCUUCUGUCUUGCGAAACCAGAGUCGUUGAAGUACAUUCAGAUCUCUGGGAGUUAUUGUUCCCUCCAUGACUUCAAUGGCACCUGGUGGCCUAAUUUGGAGACACUCGUACUCACAGGACCCGAAGCCAUCCCGGAUUCCACGAAUCUUGCAGACGUCGUCGGGAGGAUGCCCAAGCUCUGGGAUCUACGUGUACUGUUCAACAAAGCACUGGCAAGCCCAGCGCGGAACAUCCACAGCAAUCAACGACCCUGUUUCCGUAUAGUCGAGCCUGGGCGUGAUGCCGAAUAUGCUGCUCGUUCUGUCCAGCAUGUUUCCGAACCAACUGUUUUUGGACAGAUAAAAUACUUCGCUGCAUCAAACGUGUGUAGCUUGGACUCGGCCUUCAAGUACUUUACGUCUUUGGAAGGUCUGGCGCUCAUAGCUGUCAUCAAUCACCCGCGUGUGCCGAUUGCCAGGGGUGAGGAGGAAACACGUUCUUUGCUGGCAGAUUUAGAAACUACGGGUAGCGGGAAGCGUCUGAAAGUUCUCAGAGUCAUGGUGGAGUGCGGAAUAACUCCAUCACUAAUCUCUAAAUUGGGCACGGUUUGCCCUUUGCUGGAAAAUCUCGAGGUAGAAAUAUGCGGAUAUCGAGAUGGGCCUUCAGAUCUAUACAUGGAUAUGACAGAGGAAUGGGCAAAUGCUCUACAAAAGUAUCAACAUAUCGAACAACUGCGCGUUGGCAUGGUGUUUUGCCAACAUGACGAUGUAGAGCUUGACUAUGACACAGAAAUCCUCCAACAACGCGAAGACCGCAUUGAAUGCGCAAAACCUCCUUAUAUCACAAUGCCAUCUGGUACGCCGUCCAGCACAGACGUCCACUUGCUGUUCUCUUGUGUCCCAGCCUGGGGUAUGUAUAUGCCACCAGACUACUACCAAGCAAAAGCCACAAUAUCAACCGAGCUUUGCGGUUGUAUUGAUAACGACGAAACAAUUAGAAGAAGACUGAGGAUUUUGAGUACAUUCAAAUCAGAUUCAUCAAACUUGUUCAGUCUUCUCGAUCCCCUUAUUCGAAGCUACGAGACCAUAUACCGUGAUUUGUGGAAUUCCAGGCCGAUAACUUGCUCGAUGACAGCACAGAUUUUUGACGCCGUAUGCAAGCCUGAUGUUGUUAUUCUCGAUUUCUUUGCUCAUCAACAAAUGCUAGCCACUCGCGCUGUUUCCGGAAGAGCCAUACCCAUCGUGGCAUGGGUGACAGGCCAUAUAGCUCACAUCAGCCACAUAUUUGGUCCCACCAGACUUGGGGGUUCUGACGUGGGUUUCACCGCCAGGAUUGAAGAGGAAAUGAAACGUACGGGGCUUGCAGCCACAGAAGUAGGUGAUAUCGUGUAUAAGCGUACAGAUGGCACAAUAGUGAAUGUUCCAGGAGCACCGGCCAUGUAUGACUGGGAGUUCUUCCCUCAGCUGCUCCCCUUCAAUGCGCCACAAUGGGUUGAAAUCGUCAUUGCUGCUGAAGCAGGCCUUAAGGAGUGCGAUGCAAUAUUUUCAACGUCUGCACAUGCCUUCGAGGAAGAGUCUCUAGCCGCCUUCAAAUCUUGGUUUUCAACGCAGCAGAAAGAAGUGCACGUUAUCGGCCCUUUUCUCUCAUCUAAGAAGACAGUAGAUGAAUCUCUCUAUGCAGCCGCUCGCGAUUUUCUUCUGCAUGCGCAAGAGAACUAUGACGAGAAUUCGGUUCUUCUCAUUUCUUUCGGGACAAUCUUCUGGCCAACAGUGCAUGGUUACAUUGAGGAAGUCAUAGAAGCGCUGGUGGAGAAAAAAUUUCCUUUUAUUAUUACGCACGCAUCGCCUUUUGCUAAAAUAUCGGAAAACCUCGUGCAAAAAGUUCAAGCGACAGGAAUUGGGCUAAUCUCAAAAUGGGUCCCACAGCAAUAUAUCUUAGACCAUCCGGCCACCGGCUGGUUCAUGACACAUGGUGGACAAAAUAGCGUUCUGGAGGCGCUUGGAAGUGGGAUUCCAAUGAUCUGUUGGCCUUUCGAAGCUGACCAACCGAUCGCUGCUGCACAUAUGAGCGAAAAUCUCAAUGUCGCAUUUGAGCUAGUCGAAGUCAGGACUGGAGAACAUGGCAUGAAGCCUCUGCUGCGUCGGAACGGGAGGAAAGCCAAAGGGAUGCGCGCAGCUGUAGGUGCCGAGAUUCGUGAAGUCAUUGAUGCUUGUCGUGGGUUAAGAGGAGCCGAACUAAGAAGAAACUCCGAAGCUCUGAAAGCGAAGCUUGCAAAAGCAUGGGGCGACGAAGGUGCUGGCAGGAAAGAACUACGUGCAUUCUUGAUGAAGCAUGGACACGAAAUAUCAUGUAGACCCCUGCAGAACGGAGACAUAUGCAAAACGUGCCUUCAAAAUCUGCUUAGAUAA